GAUAAGCUCCGGCCUGAUGGACCACUUGGCUCAUAUGCAGACUUUUACCUUUUUUUUUUCUUUAGUAACACCUAGUGAUCUCUUUUUAAAUUUCCUGUUCAUUUUAAUGUGCUUUUUUCAGCCAGUUUUAUCAGUUUGUUUCAAAUUCUCUUUUAGACCCGACAAAAAUGGUUCUGAACAAAUUUACCAACAUUACGGAGAGCCACGGCGUGGUGAGGAUCGGAAAUGUGACGAGACUCAUCACCCAGACAUAUGUUUCUUCCAAGAAACAGAGCCAGGCCAGCACAGCCUGUCAUGUGACGCUAGCGUUUGUGGGUGGUGGUUCAGUAUCCAAAUAGCUUCUGUCAAUCCAGAAAUGGGAAAAGCUGUCAGCGACUGGAAGACCUUACCAAAGGACACCUUGACCACUGGGGUGCAAGAAGCUGUCAAAACAAACCUAGAAAAGGGAUUUAGUUUUCUGUUCCUAAGAUGCGGCUAUAUAUUUGGAAGCAUCUUUCAAACGCUCACUUUUCCGCCGAUACUAAAGAAAGUCGGUAAUGGACAACGUAGACGUGGUAUUGAUAUAAAUGUAGUUAUGCUUGACUCCAUAUCUAGACCACAUUUCUACAGGAUUAUGCCAAGAGCCGUAGAGGCGCUUCGCAAGAUUGUGCAGGAUCCAAACAUAAAGGCCACCGCCUUGGACUUUGAACUGGUCCAGAGUAUUGGUCAACAAACGUUUGAGAACUUGAGGCCAUUCUUCUCUGGUGUUCUUAAAGACGACAACGAAAUAAGUGCCUCAGGGAAGAACACAAAGGCUCCAUUAGGCGUGGAGGUGUUAUAUGGGACCUUCCAGAGGUGGGGCUACCAGACCCUCUUUCAAGAGGACCUUUGUUGGUAUGAUCUUUGGGGAAGUGCGCUAACGGACAUUGAAAAACGAGAUGUGCCAAGCAAUGAUACAGAAUUUAAAGAGAGGUGGGAGGAGCUACAAGCAAAGGUGGCCAAGAAACACAUCGAUCACUAUGGCUUGACACAUUUCUCUUGCACGAUGGUGAACAAGUACGACAGAACAAACCAUUAUGAUGAACCUGCAAAGAUGUGCCUCAACGGACAGUUUUUUAGUUGGUACUUCAUGGACUACAUCACCAAGGUGUACACUGCGUUGCAAAGCGACGAAAAAGCGAAGCCUUUGCUGUCUUACAUGCAUUUUAAUACCGGACAUGAAAUGACUGGAACACGAAUAGUUAAUUUGGACGCAAACUUAGCGAAGUUUUUCGUCGAUAUGGCGCGGUUUCCCAACACUCUCACCAUGAUUUUUGCCGACCAUGGCCACAAAAUGACACCAUUCAGUUACACGGAAGAAGGUAGAAGAGAGUUAUUUGACCCAGCUUUCUUCAUGAUUGUUCCUGAUGGUGUUUAAGAAAAAUUAGGCCUUCAGAGAAUGGCCGCCUUGGUUGCAAAUCAAAAGCGGCUCUUUAUCUUACAAGAUGUUCACAAAGCACUCAUGAGUUUGCACGACGCUAAGAAAAUGAACACUCAGGAUUUUUCACAAACAGGCAUAUUCUCAGUCAUUCCUGCCAACCGCACAUGCGCAGACUUGUACAUGCUUCCGCUGACCAGGUGUAAGUGCGAAGGCUUUGAUGAAGAAGGUCAUAUCCAGGACAACGCAGAGAAUCACAAAUGGCUGGCAGAAUUUGCGGUUGGAUUCAUGAACGAUGCUAUACAAAAGCAAUACAUGAAAGGCAUUGUUGACUCAGAUAAAAAAUCCGGGUCUGGAAACUGUGAACGCCUUGUUGGAAAAACGUUUAAAGAUAUUAUCAAACGUUUCCAAGGAGAGUACAUUAUCACCUCUAUGGACAUACAUGUGGUCCCUCCACAAGAGGAUGAAGUUUAUAAAGUCUCCAUAAAACAGCACGCUAAACCAGAACAAGGGGUAUUUUUUCUGAGUUUUAUACGACACACGAGGUAUAGCAAGUUUGAGUCAUGCGUGGACAAAUCAGUCGAUAUCAGGCUGUGUGCAUGCGCCAAAGAGAAAACCGCUGACGUGACAAGGAAAGGAGUACUGUUUGAGAAUGGUGUUCCACGCAAAAUGUUUGGUUCAGAGACAACUGUGAAAGACUUGGAUUCGAAUUGUCUCUUAUUCUUGAGAAGGAAUUAUGGAACUUUCUCCUUUGCGCUGGAAGUAGCGAAUGUCUGUACAGAUCGCACUUAUAACUUUACUCUAACCGGCGCAAUGGAUCAAAGGAUUUUUGCUAACACAGUGCCCAUGAAUCGGGAACUUCCCCCGAAGACGUUUGACUUUUUAACAUCUGUUUACAAGUACAUCUCUAAAGUUAAUACUCUGUUGAAUUUGAAAGCAAGUAUUCAAGUUAUGAAGGAGAAUUCAAACGAGUUCAAAGAUUUAGAGACAGUCGAUGUAUCAUGACAGAGAAUAAGUUCAGUAAUUCCGCGUAUCUCCACUCGCCACUUUAGAAACGAGAAGAAA